UCAGGUGCGAAGAACACUUCCGUAUACACGUAAGACGUCACAGUGACGACAUCUCCAACUCCGCGUGUUGGCCCCGCCUACGCAAGAAAUCGCAGAGGACUCGCUUGACGACUCUUCAGCUCCAUCAAAAGAAGAAAAUAAACAGAAGCUGUGAUGUUAGUUUCAUGACUCGUGUGUCAGCGUGGGUUCAUGGGAGUGUGUCUCCACAACUAUUGCCGGUGAAACUCCAUCUGACGUGCCUCAGCAGAAAACGUGUUCACGGACGAGGUGAGACAUUUCUUUUGACAUGUCACGGGGAAGUACACAGAAGAUAUGCCCCUUCUGCAAGGGCAUUCUUCCAUGUGCCAAAAAAAUUUGCAGCCACUGCAAUAUGGUCCAGCCCAUCAAGCAACGCCUCCAAAAGGCUUUGAGUAGAUUUGAGGAAAAGCGGGAAAAGUGGGUGUCUUCCCGCAAAAAAAACCACAACCUAGCUCAAAUAAAGGAGGAAGCGGUCCUAAUGCUUGAGAAACUUCAAGCAGCUGGCUACAAACCCGUCCUCCUUCUGGGAACACCUUGCAAGAAGUCCCACACGGUACAAGUUUUCUUACCUCGCUGCACCUUGGCCCCUUACACGGAGGAGUCCCUUAAACAAAUGCGCUCUAUUCAUGAGUCUGUGUGUCAAGUGAGCAACAACUUUCAAACUUGCACAGGCUGGACGCCUUAUACCACUGGGACUGAAGAGGUUUUUACUCUCAGUCUUACGCCCUGGAACCCCAGCCCUGUGGUCAUAGAGGAGCCAGAAGAGGACAGGGGAACCUCACAGAUGGAGAUGGACAUAGAAGAGGUUGAAGAGAGGGCCGUCCCGGUUGAGGAGGGGGCCGUAGAGGAGGGGGCUGUUGUGGAGGGGGCUCUGGAGGUGCAGGAGGAGGCCGGGCAGGUGGAGGAGGGGGCUGUGCGGGUGGAGGAGGGGGCUAGGCAGCUGGAGGAGGGGGCUGUGGAGUUGAAGGAGGAGGCCGGGCAGGUGGAGGAGGGGGCUGUGCAGGUGAAGGAGGAGGAGGCUGUGGAGGUGAAGGAGGAGGAGGCUGUGGAGGUGAAGGAGGAGGAGGCUGUGGAGGUGAAGGAGGAGGAGGCCGGGCAGGUGGAGGAGGAGGAGGCUGUGGAGGUGAAGGAGGAGGCCGGGCAGGUGGAGGAGGAGGCCGGGCAGGUGGAGGAGGAGGCCGGGCAGGUGGAGGAGGAGGCCGGGCAGGUGGAGGAGGAGGCUGGGCAGGUGGAGGAGGUGGCUGUGGAGGUGAAGGAGGAGGCCUGGCGGGUGGAGGAGGCGGCUGUGCGGGUGGAGGAGGAAGCCCACCCUGACAUGGAAGGACCAGCUGUCUCUACUGUGCAGAAGAAGAGGAAGAGACAAGAGCUUCACAGCCAGAAGAAGGCACCCCGCAAGAGAACUUUACCCAAGAAUUGCUCCUAUCAUAUUGGUCGUGAUGCUUUCGAAAUAAGGGGCUACGGAAAGGAGAGAAUCAGAAAGGGCAAAACAGAGGUCCUGGUUGAGUGGCAGCCUUGCCCAGUUUGUGGGAAGGAGUGGGCCAAGGCCUGGCAGCCAAAAUAAAAUUCAAAUUAAAAUAUU